UCCAGCUGCUCUCAGACCCAGCUGCUCACUCCGGAGGACAAAGAGCACCAAUGGCCUUCUCCACCCGUAGCAUCCAGCGGGGUGCAGGUCCCCACCAGCAGUCCAGUGCCACCAGUGUGACCUCCAGGAAGGUGUCUGUGCAGAGGAUGACAGCUCCCAGCGUGUACGGCGGAGCCGGCGGCUCCGGCACUCGCAUCUCCACCAGCUACGGGCAGGGCCUGGGGGGGGGCUGGCAGCUCAGCAUCACUGGCAGCGACCUGCUGCUGGCUGGCACCGAGAAAGCAACCAUGCAGAACCUCAACGACCGUUUGGCUUCCUACCUGGAGAGGGUUCGCUCCCUGGAGAAGGCAAACGCCCUGCUGGAGACGCAGAUCACGGAGUGGUACCAGAAGCACACCCCGGACGUGAGGCAGGACUACAGCUCCUACUUCCAGACCAUCGAGGAGCUCCAAAGCAAGAUCAGUGCUGCACAGCUGGACAACGCACGGCUGGUCCUGCAGAUCGACAAUGCCAAGCUGGCUGCUGACGACUUCAGGCUGAAGUACGAGAACGAGCUGCUGCUCAGGCAGAGCGUGGAGAGCGACAUCAGUGGCCUGAUGCGGGUGCGCGACGACCUGACCCUGACCCAGACUGACCUGGAGUCACAGAUCGAGAGCAUGAAGGAGGAACUCAUCUUCCUCAAGAAGACCCACGAGGAGGAGGUCACCAGGCUGCGCAAGCAGGUGGGAGGCUCGGUCAGCGUCGAGGUGGAUGCUGCUCCAGGAGUGGACCUGGCAGGUAUCAUGGAGAAGAUGAGGACCCAGUACGAGGAACUGGCAGAGAAGAACCGCCAGGAAGCCAAGGAGCGCUUCGAAAAGCAGACCGAGCAGCUGAACCAGGAGGUGGCCAUCAACGUGGAGCAGCUGCAGGUCCAGAGGAAAGAGGUGAUGGAGCGCAGGCAGAUCUUCCAGAACCUGGAGCUGGAACUGCAGUCCCACUUGAGCAUGAAUAGGUCUCUGGAGGGCUCCGUGGCUGAGGUGGAGGCUCGCUACAGCAGCCAGCUCGCCCAGAUCCAGGACACGAUCGGCAGCCUGGAGGCGCAGCUGCGGCAGCUGCGUGCGGACUUGGAGGCGCAGAGCAGCCAGCACAGCCUGCUGCUGGACGUCAAAACGCGCCUGGAGCUGGAGAUCGCCACGUACCGACGGCUGCUGGAGGGGGAGGACCUCGGCCACAUCAAAGUGGACACAGCCACAGCAGAGCUGGAUAAAGAAUCAAGUAAAAUCAAGAAGAUCAAGACCAUUGUUGAAGAGGUGGUGGAUGGCAAAGUUGUGUCCUCUCAGGUCAAGGAGUUUGAAGAGAAGGUGUAAAGAGCUCUGAGCUUGCUGCAGGCAAUGCCAGAACUAAGAGAGGAAAUUUUAGGAAGAAUCUCAUCUGGAACUCCUCAGGAGGGUUGAAGCCCACCAGAGUCCAAUCUCUUGGUUUCAUUUGGCUCUGUUUUUUUGAGGGAGUGCUAAUAAAAAUCAGUGAGUUACA